UUUCGACCAAAAUUCUUUACGAAGGGAUCAUUUUCCCGCUAAAACCCUCUUCAUAAUAUCCCGGAUGUCAUAUUGACGCAUGCGCAAAGAGGUCAUUAAUAGACGUUCAAAUAGGCAAGGAGUGAUAUACCUUCCAGCUUGGAUUUGCGUUCAUUCAACAAUAGUGGACCUCUGACUGUUGCGAAUUGUAGACUUUUGCGCCUUCCGACCAUAACAUGAGUGUUGAUAACCUCGCAGUCAAACAAAGAGAUGCCAAGCCGGAAGUCAUGGCGUUAGAAAAGAAGCCAGGUACCACCCAACCCAAAAUUGGGAAGAAAAGUAAAAAAGAAUUUGAAGAUCCUCAAGAAGAGGAAGAAUUGGGUGAGGAGGAAUAUACUGUUGAAAAAGUGGUUGAUUCUCGAAUGAGAGGAGGUCGACGUGAAUAUUUACUGAAAUGGAAAGGAUAUCCAGACUCUGAAAACACCUGGGAACCCGAAGCUAAUUUAGAUUGUCCGGAUCUAAUAGCAGAAUAUGAAGAAAAGCAAAAAAAGAAACUUGCAGAAAAAGAAAAGAAACGGAAACAAAAUGGAGAAGACGAAAGUUCUACUAAAAAGAAAAAGAAAAUAGCAGAAGUGAGAUCAACAGAAGAAGACAAUAAACCCAGAGGUUUUGACCGUGGUCUGCAACCCGAAAGAAUUAUUGGAGCAACAGAUAGCAGUGGGGAAUUGAUGUUUUUAAUGAAAUGGAAAGAUAGUGAUGAGGCAGAUUUGGUACCCGCAAGACAGGCCAAUGUCAAGUGCCCACAGAUUGUAAUUGCUUUCUAUGAAGAAAGGCUAACUUGGCAUACACACAAUGACAAUGAAGAUGAAGAAAAAGAGGAGAGCAAGUCAUGAAUUACAAAUGAUUAAGUUUGUUUCAGCAAUUUUUAUGUCCACAUUUUGUACAGUCAAUCAUCUUGUGUAGUGUCCUAUAACAGUCUGUCUGGGAUGUGUGGCAAUUUUAUUUGGCAGAGAAACUGGUACAAGAGCAUGUUUUAUUACAAAUCACAAAACAAGAUGAGUAUUAAUAGUUCAUCUCUCAAAAUUCAUUGAUAUUGUCACGCCAACUUCUUUCACCCACCCCCCCUAUUGCUGUACCAUUUUUGGAUGAAUGCUUUUCAUUGUUCUAUGGAAAUCCCUGCUGAUGAAAGUGAAUUAGGUCUUGUUUGUGUUUGGGAAUGAAAUAGGGACAUUGCUGCUACUGCUGGGAUUAGUUGGUAUUCAAAAAAAAAAAGCCAAUAUUACAAAAAGCCAGCUUUAAAUGCUGAUAAAUCCAAAUUACACAACCUACCCACUUUAACUCCCCAGGAAUUUAUUGUAUUUUACCUUUUUUUACUUCUCUAUCUUCAUUCAAAUAUUCUUUUUAAACAUUACUUCAUUUAACAACCAAAUUUCACCUCCUUUAUAAAUCUCUGCCUCUCUUUUUAGGCAAGGUAAGCAACUGUUUUUAUUAUAUAAGAAUUGUCCACAUUUGUAAGCUUGUAACAAUGACAUGGAACAUCAAUAUUUGACAAUUAAACAUGAAAGUAAUUAAAUUGUUAAUUAUAGGUUUUCAAAGUGGACUUUUUGCAGUCAUGUAUUUUAUUUUUACAAAAAGCUAUUGUACUUACAACUUAAUUAGAUUUACUCAUUCACAAAAGUUGUAUAUAUCUCCAUGUAACAUAUCUAUGCCAUUUUCUUUAGAGACCGUUUCAUUGUGAUCAUGACUCAUCUGAUUUCAUUAUCGGUGACAUACACUUGAUGAUUGUACAGUAGACAACUGGUCCAGCCAAGUUUGAUUGUAAUGAGCUUGGUGGGGUUUGCUGCAAAGAUUGUUAAUUUGGUUCAAGUAGUAAAUUACGUAAUAUCUUAUAAAAAGAUUGGAUUGAGAAGAAUUGUAUGGGGGUAGGGACAUUGUCACGUUCCCAACUGCUUCUCACUCAACACUUUACUUGGAUCAUCACUAAAGAGGCUACAAGUAUAUGAAUUCUCAUUGUCAUUAGUACCUUUAAGAAUCUCAUAUUGAAAAUUGCUGUUUGUACUGUAUUGUUCAUUUGUGAAGACUUGCUGGAUUAGGAUGCUGUAUGUAAACUUGCUAAUUUCCUUGAUUCAUUACUUGUAUUAGAAAAUGGUAGUGCUCCCAUGCCUGUGUCUCGUGAAAUAAAUGGAUUUUAAUCAAAUUCUUUCUCCUUUCCCUUAUUUACUUUUUUCUUCUAGCACUUGAAGUACUUGUACCAUUAUUACAGCCAAAAUUUAUUUAGUUGCUAAAAACCUUAUAAUACAUUACGAUAUUUUAUAUAUAUUGCAAUACUAUUAUAAAAAAAGACAUUGUUUGGCACCAAGAUCGAUGUUAAAUUUUCUUGUUAGCAGUGACUACUUUCCAUUUGAUUUUUAUGCGACUGACUUAAUCAAAGACACGUGGAAAAUAUUUCAACUGCUCAAGUUAAAGCCACUUAGUGUGUGUAUGGGCAUGGUUUUUAUUUUUACCCUUCCCUCUAAAUUUCAGCAUUGUUUGGGAGUUAAACCAGUUGAAUGGUUGCACAAACUAAUGCAACUUAUUUACACUUGUGCCAAACUAUUUCAUAAGCAGAAUUAGUUAAUUGUGGUUGUGGGUUUCAUAUGAUUUUUAUUUUUCAUCUAAGAUUCAGCUAAUUAAAAAAAUUUUUUUUUACAUUUACUUCUUGUGUCUAGAUGCCUGUUGGUGUUAUAUAUCUCUGAUUUUUCCAACAAGUAGGUUCUAGUUAAGUUCUAUGUCCCUCUUCAUUCCCUUGGCAGUUAACUAGUAGUUAUUGUAAAACUGUUACUGUUAGUAGACAUAUACUAGCUUUCAUACACUACAAUGUACUCGGAUCACUACAUUAACUGCUCCUCUUCAUGUAAUAAAAUUAAACGUCACAGACAGAAA